CUUCCGAAGAGUCAUACGGGGUGCGUGGUAUCUUUCGCGGGCUUGACACAGCCUGGGCAGUAUGGUGCAGAUGGAAGCUGCGCAUGGAUUGUGUGGCGCCUACCGGAGUGGAAAUUGAUGAUUGCCGCGAACGCUUACCUCGCCGACACGACGAGCCCCCUUGCCCAGAGCGCCGGUAUGACAUACGGCGUGCUGGCGGCUUUACAACUCGGUGCCGACGACUUGGUCGUUGUUAGCAAUUCAAGGCUGGCGUUGUUGCACUCGCUAGGGGCAGCUGACUCCGGGGCGAUGACUCAACCGAGUUACCACGAGGAGGUCAAGGCCCGACUGCGAUCUGUGAGAUACAUUCACGUCGCACAGGAAUACAAUGCUGCCGCGGACUCGCUAGCUUCU